AUGGACUGGCCUGAAGUUGCGACGUAUAGAUGUGUAAUCUCCGCCCAACAGCCAAAGCAGGAGAUUAUAACAAAACUAUUUCAGGUUACUCAAGAUUCAAAUGGGUGUGUAAAAACUGAUAGCAUGAUAAAGGAGCUUUUGUUGAAUUUCUACCAGAAGAAUCGUCGUAAGCCUGAACGCAUCAUUUUCUACAGAGAUGGAGUAAGCGAAAGCCAGUUCAGCCCAGUUCUGCUUCAUGAAGUAGAUGCUAUCCGAAAGGCAUGUAUCUCUUUGGAUGAGCAUUAUGUUCCACCAAUUACGUUUCUGGUUGUCCAAAAAAGACACCAGACAAGGCUCUUUCCUUUGCCGACCACCAGGAAACCUGAACCCAAAGGAAUCAGGAAACCUGAGCCCAAAGGAAUCCUCCCUGGAUGCUGCUUGAUUGCUUGUAAUUUGAUAAAAGUUCUGGUACUCUCUGGAUCAGUGAUAUUUUCGGUUGGUACAAAAGAAUGUAAACUGUGCAAGGGCAUAGACUUGAGAAUCAAAAAUAUAGAUAUAGAUGUGAAAAUAAAAUCGGCCAACGUAACGGGUGAUCUUUGUCAUGCUGGGUCAGUUCAGCAAUUUUUCCAGCCAAACUAA